AUGUCUGCUCAACGAGCCAUCGCAAAGGUCGUUCGUGCCAUCGAACAGGCUGAGGGCGCCGGAGCGCGAGUUAGACGGUCAAUUGGCACGCGAUCGCAGCGCAACUUCAGCCCCUUCCUCAUGCUCGAUCACUUUUCUACAACUGCCGGUUUCCCUGACCACCCUCACCGUGGUCAAGAGACAAUCACAUAUCUCCUCGACGGAGUCGUCGACCACGAAGACUUCGCAGGCAACGCCGGCACCCUCUACUCCGGCGACCUCCAGUUCAUGACCGCCGGCCGCGGCAUCAUCCACGCCGAGAUGCCCCGCAAGCACGACGACGGCAGGCCCAACGUCGGCCUCCAGCUCUGGGUCGACCUCCCCAAGGAGCUCAAGUACUGCGAGCCCCGCUACCGCGACCUCCGCGCCGCCGAGAUCCCCUCCGUCACCGUCGACGACGGCCGCGCCACCAUCAAGGUCAUCUCCGGCCAGAGCCACGGCGUCGACUCCGUCAAGGAGCUCGCCUACACCCCCGUCUGGCUGCUCGACUUCCUUCUAAGGCCCGGCGCAAAGGUCACCCAGGCCCUCCCCAAGGGGUGGAACGCCUUCGCCUACAUUCUCGACGGCAACGUCGUCGUUGGCGAGGGAGCCCAGGCUAAGAAGGCGGAGCAGUACGACAACGUCUUCUUCGAGCAGGAAGGCGAUGUAAUUCACCUGUCAACUGAAGCAAGCGCCACAAAGGAGGCCCGAGUCUUCGUCAUCGCUGGCACUCCUCUCGACCAGCCCGUCGUGCAAUAUGGCCCCUUUGUCCUCAACUCUGAGGAAGAGGUCAUGAAGACCUUUUCCGACUUCCAGAGCCACGAAAAUGGUUUCGAGCGCGCCAAGAACUGGAGGAGCAAGAUUGGCGACCGUGUGUACUAA